ACUCCGAGCUUUCGGCUGAGCCCCGGACGCUGACAACGAUAACGCUCCUCCCACGAACCUCGCGAAUUCCGCUCCCAUCCCCUGCCUCCUCACGAGGACCCUGACAACAAUCCCAUCUACACCUCCAUCCCUCUCCAGUUCCAAAAGGGAGAAACCUCUUUCAAGGAAUGGAAAAGAUGACCUUUGACUGUUGACCCAGAAGGGCCGGCAAGAAGCAGCGGAGUUGCAGGUUACUGUCGAUUUCAACAGCAACAGUUAUCAAAAUGCAAGAAAAACGAAAUGUUCAGAUAAUCGAAUGGGAUGACUUGGACAAGAAAAAGUUCUACUGUAUUGGUGUUUUAAUGACUCUGUCUUUGCGACUUACAGUGUACCCAGCUGCACUAAUUAGGACAAGGCUUCAGAUACAAAAGGGGAAGAGUCAUUACCACGGCACUUUUGAUGCAUUCCUUAAAAUCCUACAAACCGAAGGCAUACGAGGACUUUACAGGGGGUUCCUGGUGAACACAUUGACCCUAAUCUCUGGGCAAGGGUAUAUUACAACCUACGAGCUGGUACGUGUCUACGUGGCCAACUACAGCAAUAGCAAUGCUAUUAAGUCUCUUGUAGCAGGAGGUGCCGCAUCUCUUGUGGCACAGAGCAUUAUUGUACCUAUUGAUAUCAUAUCGCAGCACCUGAUGAUUGCAGGCCACAAAGGGUACCUAGGCAGGUUCAAGUUAUCAACAACUGAAGGAAAAUACAAAAAAGCAUUUGGACAAACUCAGGAAGUUAUUACUCAUAUUUUCAGGCUCGAUGGCCCAAAAGGAUUUUACAGAGGAUAUUUAGCUUCUUUGAUGACAUAUAUUCCUAACAGUGCUGUGUGGUGGCCUUUUUAUCACUUCUAUGCAGAACAGCUGUCAAAAUUGGUUCCCAAUGAAUGCCCUCACUUGGUCCUCCAAGGAAUUGCUGGACCACUGGCAGCUGCCACAGCAUCUACACUUACCAACCCAAUGGAUGUGGUCAGGGCUAGGGUUCAGGUGGGGGGAAAGUCCUCAAUAAUUGGAGCUUUUGAGCAACUUCUAAGAGAAGAAGGUCUGUUGGGCCUGACCAAGGGAUUGUCAGCGCGCAUCUUGUCCUCCGCUCCAGCAACUCUCCUCUUGGUGAUUGGUUACGAAACACUGAAAAAAAUAAGUUUGAGGCAAGAACUAGUGGAAUCUCGACACUGGUAGCUGCUUUUGAGCUAGAAUCUAAUUGCAACAAACAGAUGCAAGUUUCUACAGUGGCUAUUAAUGCAUGGUUAUAAAAGUUUGGUCACUUUGUACAUGAACAUACUGUCUGAAAUUUUAAACUUCAGUGAUGCAGGUACCACAACAAGGCAAAGGACCUUAUUCUAAAAAUUACCUUUCUGUUUUUUGGUUUAAGAGUAUUAAUUAUGGAAACAUCUGACAAUCCAUUGAUAGAUUUUGACUUUAAAAGCUUGGGAUUUGUUGGAGAAGAUUUUAAGUUGCAUUACAUAAGGCUGCUGCAUUGCCUGUAAGACUGGUGUUGAUAGAAGUUGGUAAUGAGUUUCGGAGAUUUCUUGGCACUAAAUGCCAGCAUAUUGGUCUGAAUGAAAUUGCUGCACUUGUAGCCUCCCUACUAUGUCAAUGAAAGUAGGCUAAAGCUGCAUUUACAGUAUAAACCAGGAACAGAAUGGAUUACCCUUUGAGGUUGUUAUACAAUUUGAAACACUGGCUUGUGCAGACUCCUCAAACUUCAUUUUGUUGCUCUGUUUACACAGAUAUUUUAGAGGCUAAAACAGGUGUUUAAAUGCCCCACAGUGUUAUUCAAGCACCUCAGAUCACGUUUACUUUUAAGGCCAGACUAGAUUCUGUGUGUUUAAUGAAAAUUAAUUUAUAUUUAUUUGAUCGUUCGUAAUGUACUUGUGAGUAACUGUAUUGUCUUUAUAAAGCUUUUGCUUCUGACUGCUACAAAUCAAAACAAAGUGGCAGCUUCAGUAUGUCUCAUUCAAUUUUUACAGAGCCAGUCAGGCCCACAUCUAAUCUGCAGGUGACACAAGCUCACUGAACAGGGGUCAUUGGACCAGAGCUGUAAUUAAGACCCCAUUUUAAAAUACACAUUUUGUCCUUUUUAUUCUCAUUAUAAAUUCCAGUGCUUAUAUUUAAAAUGGGAAGUACCUGUCACAUGGUAAUUAUACUUUCCUGUCGGUGCUCAAAAUUACAUAGAAUUAACAGAACAGAAGCACAUCAUUCUGCCCAACAAUGUCUAUGUUUCACACAAAUGUCCUCCCACUGAAUCUUCAUCUCAUCCUGUCAACAUCCCCUAUAUUCUUUGUCUCAUAUAUAACUACCUAGCUCCCCAUAAAAGCAGAAAAUGUGACAUUUUUACAGAGGAGCCUACAAUAGUAAAAUUAAGAGAUAACAAACCCUAACAGUUUUAGGAUGUGAUGGGAAAGUGUAGUCUGAGGAGCAAGGAUACUGGAUGGGGAAAUAAAUGGUUUAGACCAAUGCAGACAGAAUUCACUCCCUAUUUUAAAGUCAUAUGACCUCAUUCCUUAUUUUUGAAUUGAAUCAUAAAUUUCUCUCUAUGUAUUUAUAAGAGCAACUGUCUUUGGAAAAAUAGUUCCCAGUUCUUCCUCCUCUCUGUGAAUCAUACAGCACAAAAUGAGGCCUUUCAGUGCAUUGAUUCUGUGCCAACUCUUUGAAGGCAUUAUCCAAUUAGUCCUACUGUCCCAACUCCCACUUUUCCCCCAAAGGUCUGCAAUUUUUUUUCUUUCCAAGUAUUUAAUUUCUUUAGGAAGUUAUGAUUAAGUCUUACAAACCAUACAUUCCAUAAAUUAACAACUCCCUGUGUUUUAAGAUAACUGCUUCUAGUAUCUCCUCUGGUCUGAUGCCAAGUACAUUAAACCCGGUUUCUGAAGAAAUGAACUAUCAAAACCAAAUCAAAACUAUCAAAGCUAUAUUAUCAGUAUCUACUCUUUCCCUUAAUCUUCACUGCUCCCAGAACAACUUCAUCUUCUCUAACCUUUCCAUGAAACUUUUGGCCCUCCCCUUUGGUGUUAAAUCCCCUUUGUACUCUAAGGCUGUGAUACCUGAAACUUAGCACCCAGAGUUGAACAAUAUACAGCAGUUAAGGCCUAACCAGAGACUUGUAAUGUUUUAGUAUAACCUCCUAGAAGACACCAUGCACGAUAACACGGUGUGAAGCUUCACACUGUGUUAUCUCAGUUCAUCCAGCUUCACACCGUGUUAUCUCAGAUUCAUGCAGCUUCACACCGUGUUAUCUCAGUUUCUCCAGCAUUGACAGUUCCCACCACCAUGCACGAUAAAUCUACUCCAAUAAUAGUCUGUUUGCCUCGCCUCUAUAGCCUCCUGUAGCCCCAGAUUCCUCUUGUUCUAGCCUCUUUUUUUAUUCCCAGCUUCUUUGCUCUAUCACAGUUGAUGUUGCUAACCUAGCCUAUCUUUUCAGAUAUUUGUUCAAGUCUAUCACUUUGAUCGCUCCUUAUGUGCUGAAUGUUAAUUUUUUUUUGUUUUGUUUACUGUCCUGCAAGGUCCCCUAGUUGGGAUUUAUAACAUUUAAAGAUGUUAUUUAAAUGCAGCUGUUAUGCAUCUGCCACCACAGCCUAGGUGAGAAGGUAUAAAUAGCAUAGAAGUUCCCAUUACGAAAGUGGGAAAAUUAACACUAUCGGAGAAUUUCAGGAAGUGCACAGGAUAUAGGAAAAUGAUGAGCAGGGAAAGGAACAAUUCGUCCCACACUCUUGACAGCUGGAGAACUGUAGUUGCCCCAUUCUCCCUAUCAUGUACUCUGAAUCCUUAUGCUCCCUGAUGCCCCACCCUACUUAAUACCCACCCUCCCAUCAUCACUGACACCCACUGUACCUAAUGCUCCACCCCACCCCCACUUUCCCAAGCUCCCCCAUCACCCAACCCUCACUAAACCCUAGACCCACUGCCAUGUUCUUACCUGGGAAACAGCUAAGGGCGAAUAAUGAAAGUAUAAUGACCCAAUUCUCACCAAUCUGUCCAACUGAAAUAAUCAAUCUAUAGGGUAUGCAUUUCAGCUGUUGUUAUUUUAUAGACCUCUACUUAGAUGCCUCUAAGCCUAUGCUGCUCAAAAGUUAAAAACAAGUUUGAAUUGCUAUUACCAGAAUGACUAAGGCUCUUUGAAGUAGAAACAAUACUUGUAGCUCUCAUCUGAGCCUUUUUCAAGAGCAGUCUCACCAUCUGUUACGCACCAAAACUGGGCAGAGUAAUUUCAAUGUGAUCUAACCAGUAACCUGUUCAGCCUUUUAGAUCUUCCCCAAGACAGCUCUAAGCUUAUUAUAUUGUCACAAAGUCAAUUUAUCUUAAGAGAUAGUAUAUGAAGGUGUCUAUUCAGUCUGAUGCCGUUGCAGUUCAAUCAUUCACUGAACACUGUCUUUCGUAUGGUCUACUAGCAUUAGACAAAAUGUACUGUAGACGGCAUGCAAAUCAAUCAUCGAAUCUUAGAAAAAUUCCUCCAAAGAUGGGUGUUAACUUGUAUGCUGAGUAUAAAAGUUAACAAUGGCAAUGGGUGUCUGGCAUCUUUGUCAUUGACUACUCUAUGUAGGUGUGUUUUAAGUACCCACACAUCUUUGCAAUGUGGCCUGUGUUGACUGCUUAAUCCUUUAUGCCCAGUUAUAUGGUACAGGAAGUAAAAUGCCCAUUUACAAACACAAACAACAUGCGUAUUAGGAUGAGGAGGAGCAGCUCUAACCUGCUCGACCAUUUGUUAAGAUAAUGGCUGAUCUGAUUGUAUCCUCAACUCCACUUCUCUGCCUAUCCCCAACAAUGUUAGACGCUCUUGUGAAUCAAGAAUCUAUUUACCACUGUUUUAAAAGGUAUUCAAAGAUCUACCUCCGCUAUCCUCCAGGGAAGAGAGUUCCACAGUUUUGCAACCCUCAAAGAGACAGAAUUUCCUAAGUCACAUUUAAAUGGGAGACCCAUUAUUUUUAAACUCCCACUGGUUUUAGUCCCUCGUCCUCAAGGGAGCUCAUCCUUUUAGUAUUUGUCUUCUCAGAACCCCUCAAGAUCAUGUAUGUUUCAAUAAGAUUACCUUUCCUUCUUCUAAACUCCCAAGGUCACAGGCCCAAAUUGCCCAAACUUCCCUCAUAAUAUAACCACCAAUCCUGGUAUCAGGAGAGUAAACCCUCUCUGAUCUAUAUUAAACAUACUUGUAUCCUUCUUAAAUAAUGAGACUAAAAACGUACACCAUGCUCCAAAUGUGGCUACAGUGCAUGCUGUAUCCGGCCAUAGCCAAACAUUCCCCCUUUCAGAGUCUAUUCCCCUCACAAUAAAUAAUGGCAUUCCAUUAUCUACCUAAUCACUGCAAGGUAAUGAUCUAUGAUUCAUGUACCAGAACACCCAAAUUCCUCUGUAUGUCAGAGUUCUAUGAUCUCUCACAAAUUCAUUAAAUUGUUGCUUUUUUUUUAGCCAUAGUGAAUGAGUUGAUAUUUUCCAACAACAUUGUGCUCCAUCUAUUAAGAUCUUUUGAUUGUUCACUUCACCUAUCUAUGUUGCUUUGCAGACUUCAUAUGUCUUCAGAAUCUGCUUUCCUACCAAUCUUUGUCUAAUCAAAUAAUUUAGAAAUUUUACAUUUGGCCCCAUCAUCCAAGUCCUUUAUAUUGAUACUGAAUAAUUAAGGCUCCUGCUUGUGACGAGCCAUUUGUUGCACCUUACAACCUGAAAUAAAUUUAUUCAUACCUAUCCCCUCUUUCCUGUUAUCCGACCAAUCCUGUACGAAUGCUGUAUCGGAGAUAAUAGGAGCUGCAGAUGCAGGAGAAUCCGAGAUAACAAGGUGUGGACCUGGAUGAACACAGCAGGCCAAGCAGGAAAGCUGACGUUUCGCGCAUAG